AUGAUCUACCUGGAGCCUCAGCAGGCACCCAGGGACCCCACUCGUCCUCACGCAUUUUGGGCACCACCCUCGCGCGAAGAGAUGAUCCGCAUGCUGCAGGAGGGUCCUGGUGCGAUCAAGAACAUCGUCAGCGCCAAGGAAAGGCUCUCUUUGCUAGCAAGUGUUCCAGGAGGGUCAGGCUCAGGAUCGGCACCAGCGACGACAGCAGCUGCCUCUGACACGAAAUCAUCAGCAGACGACGAAUCGGACGUGUUCGAUCUGCUGAUUAUUGGAGGUGGUGCUACAGGCGCUGGGUGUGCAGUCGAUGCUGCUACUCGUGGACUGAAGGUCGCCAUGGUCGAGCGCGAUGACUUUUCUGCUGGAACAUCCUCAAGAUCGACGAAGCUUGUUCAUGGAGGUGUCCGUUACCUGGAGAAGGCCGUGCGUGAGCUGGAUAUUGAGCAGUACAAUCUUGUCAAGGAGGCAUUGAACGAACGCGCCAACUUCUUAAAGAUUGCCCCCUAUCUCAGCUAUCAGUUGCCGAUCAUGCUGCCCAUCUACAAAUGGUGGCAAGUUCCAUACUACUGGGCUGGAUCUAAGGCAUACGAUCUGCUGGCGGGUCAUCAAGGCAUGGAGAGUAGUUACUUCUUGAGCAGGGGCAAGGCUUUGGAGGCGUUCCCUAUGCUCAAGAACGACAUGCUGGUCGGAGCCAUGGUCUACUACGAUGGUCAGCACAACGAUUCGCGCAUGAAUGUCGCUCUCGGAUUGACUGCAGUUCAGUAUGGUGCAGUCAUCGCAAACCACGUCGAGGUCGUCGAGUUGCACAAAGAUGCCAACAAGCGACUGUGUGGAGCACGCGUCAGAGACAACAUGACGGGCAAGGAGUUCAACGUCAAGGCUAAGGGUAUCAUCAACGCUACGGGACCCUUCACUGAUGGUAUUCGUCAACUGGAUGAUCCCUCGAUCCAGACAAUUGUCUCACCCUCUGCAGGAGUUCACAUCAUUCUGCCAAACUACUACAGUCCUGGAAACAUGGGUCUCUUGGACCCCGCCACCAGCGACGGAAGAGUCAUCUUUUUCUUGCCAUGGCAGGGAAACACCAUCGCAGGAACCACCGAUUCUGCGACCCAGGUCACCCAGAAUCCCAUGGCGACUGAGGAUGAGAUCAACUGGAUUUUGGGCGAAGUCAAGAACUAUCUGAAUCCAGAUGUCAAGGUCCGCCGUGGAGAUGUCUUAGCUGCCUGGUCUGGAAUCCGUCCCUUGGUCCGUGAUCCAUCUGCCAAGAGCACUGAGGGCCUGGUUCGCAACCAUAUGAUCAAUGUCAGUGCAAGCGGAUUGUUGACGAUUGCCGGAGGCAAGUGGACGACCUACCGUGCAAUGGCCGCUGAAACUAUCGACAAGGCUAUCAAAGAGUUCAACCUGCAACCUACCCGCGGAUGCUCGACAGACCGCGUCAAGCUCAUUGGAUCACAUGGAUACAGCAAAACGAUGUUCAUUCGCCUCAUUCAGCAGUUUGGACUAGAGACCGAAAUUGCCCAGCACCUUGCCAACAGCUACGGCGACCGUGCUUGGGCUGUUGCCUCACUUGCACAAACAACUGGCAGACGCUGGCCUGUCUUCGGAAGAAGGGUUUCGCCUCUUUACCCUUACAUCGAAGCGGAGGUCCGUUAUGCCGUGAGACGCGAGUACGCCUGCACAGCCGUGGAUGUUUUGGCCCGUCGUCUCCGCUUGGCAUUCUUGAACGUCCACGCAGCGUUGGAUGCCCUGCCAAGAGUCGUUGAGAUCAUGGCCGAGGAACUAAACUGGGAUCAGGCGCGUCAAUUGAAGGAGACUGAGGAUGCAAAGGCGUUCUUGAGGACGAUGGGGUUACCUCAUGAGCAGAAGAGUUUCUGGGGCCGCUUGGGAGGCAAAUCCUCAACAGGAGCGAGUGUUCCUGAUUCGUUUUACUCAAGAGCACAGUUCGACCCUGAGGAGCUGGCAGAGUUCCACAAAGUCUUUGGAGCUUUGGAUCACGACGGCGAUGGUCAUAUUAAUGGUCAAGAUCUCGGCGAGGUUUUGAAGAAUCUCGACAUGGAUGUUGACACUCAAGUCCUGAAGAACAUUAUCGAUGAGGUUGAUCUGGACAACUCGGGCACAAUCGAGUUCAAUGAGUUCUUGGAGGUGAUGGGUGGAUUGAAGGAGCAUGCCAGCCGAUCGGCCUUUUCCAACAUUGUGGUUCAAGUCGAGAACCAAAGGGAUAUCGACUAUGGUAUCCAGGCCAAGAAGAUCGACCGCAGUGGUGGCGGUGCUUAA